CAGACGGCGCUGCCUGCCUGCCUGCCUGCCGAGGAGCGUGGAGCUGGGCCGGCCCCACCGCAGCAGCACCGGCACCGGUAGCAGCGGCAGCAGCAGCCACCCCGGCGGCGCCAUGGGGCUGUGGUGAGCGCCCGGCCCCGCUGCCCGUACGCCCCGCCGGACCCCCCUCCCCCGCGGCCAUGGCCCCCAUGGGGAUCCGCCUCUCGCCCCUCGGCAUGGCCGUGUUCUGCCUGCUGGGGCUGGGCGUCCUCUACCACCUCUACUCCGGCUUCCUGGCCGGCCGCUUCGCUUUCUUCAUGCUGAGCGAGCCGGCGGGCAGCGGGCCCGAGCCCCCCCGCGGCUCCGCGCCGGCCGGCACCGUAGACCUUCGGGAGCUCCUGGCCGUGUCCGUCCUGGCCGCCACCAGGGGCGGGCAGGAGGUGAAGCGGGUCCGGGAGGGCAACGUCCUGAACGCCAAGGCGAAGGGGAAGACGCGGGAGGGGGCCGAAGAGCAGCUGACGAGCGGCGACCUCCUCUCCAACCGCAGGAUGUUCUACCUGCUGAAGGCCGCCUUCCCCGCCGUGCAGAUAAACUCUGAAGAACACGUUGAUGCAGCUGAUCAGGAGACAGUCUCUUGGGAUCGCAGUAUUCCUGAAGACAUAAAACAAAAAAUACAGCCUAAAGAGGUUCCAGCAGAAAGUGUUACUGUCUGGAUUGAUCCAUUAGAUGCUACACAAGAAUACACAGAGGAUCUUCGGCAGUAUGUCACGACAAUGGUUUGCGUGGCUGUCAAUGGUAAACCAGUAAUAGGAGUGAUACACAAGCCGUUCUCAGCAUAUACAGCCUGGGCGAUGGUGGAUGGCGGGUCAAACGUAAAAGCUCGUUCCUCCUACAAUGAGAAAACUCCAAGGAUAAUUGUAUCCCGCUCCCAUGCAGGAAAAGUUGAGCAGGUUGCACGGCAGACGUUUGGAAAUAAAACUGUGAUAAUCGCCGCUGGUGGAGCAGGUUAUAAAGUAUUGGCCCUCCUUGACGUGGCUGAAAAGAAUCAAGAAGAAGCUGAUGUGUAUAUCCAUGUCACCUACAUUAAAAAGUGGGACAUUUGUGCUGGAAAUGCAGUGUUGAGAGCACUAGGUGGCCAUAUGACUACCUUGACUGGUGAAGAAAUUAGUUACACUGGCUCAGAUGGCAAUGAGGGAGGACUUAUAGCCAGUAUCAACAUGAACCAUAAAGCACUAAUUGAAAAACUUCCAGAUCUGGAAAAAACAUCACACAAAUAAACUUGACUGAUGGCAAAGUACAGGUUGUGCUUUUGUAGCCUCCAAAUGCUGUCUGAAGAACCAGGUGUGAAAACCUGCUGGGAAAGAAGCACAGCAAAGCAAAUCAUUUUGGUGUGGGUUUGGGGACUAUAUUGUGCAUUGGGUUUCUUCAGUGGUGGUAUUUAAAAAAGAAUAAAAUAAUCAGAAGUAGGAAGGGAACUGACUGCCUCACAUCUCAGUUUCCAUGAUUUAUUUUUUUGAGACUGUUUUCACACAGUUCUUGCAAUCAAGGUGCAUAUACAGUAUAUAUGGGUGAAUGUAGGUGGACUAAACAACAAUCCAAAUUUAUUCAUAAAAUAAUUUAAGUAUUUCUCACAGCAAUUUCUUGGAACCUUUUACAUCUUGUUACUGUAGUAGUAGCAACUCCAUCAUGAAUUAGGAAGGAAAAAAAGGUUGAUUUGUAUAGGCAUCUGAUAACUUGGUAAACAAUCAGCAGAAACAUGAACCCUGUAUUCUGUAUCCCCUGAACAGAAAGCACAAGAAGGUUGACACAAAUUCAUAUGCAGGAACAGUUUACCUUAGACAGUGUGGCACUCCUGCUUUUUAAGAGAAAAACAGAAACAUUCUGUACUAUUUUGACUUUUUUUCCUGAAGUUGUAAACCAGUUUAUUUCAGAUGGAUUGUGAAUAUCAGUGUUUUAUUAAUCAGUGUAAUUAUUUCCAUAUGCCUUUAUAAAAAAAGGCAGUUUCCUUGUGUAGUUUUAACAGUUACUUCUAGUCCUUGAUUUCUGCGUACACUGUUGAAGAUGCAUGCUAGAUUUUUCUCUAAUGUAGGACUUGUUCAUCAUUUAAUAUUUGUGCCUAUAGAAACAGUCUCUUUCUUCAGCACCUGCUUCUUUUGUUGUUUUUUUUUCUAUUGGACAGAGUAAUAAGGAAUGAGUUCAACAGAAGUAGUAGUUGAUUGGUUGUUUCCACUUUACUACAUGAGAUAGAGACCAGCAUUUUUUCUGCAACCCUAAAGAAAACUUUUUAGGUUAAGGUAUGCUCUUUUCUGCAGAAAGCUCUUGAGUCAUGCAAACAACUUGUGAUUACUUGGUUUGUGGAAAUUUACACAGAGAAAGGGACCAUUUGGACUUGAAUCUGUUUAAGCAAAUUUUAAGAAUAUGUGGCACUUGAAGUACAGCAGAGUCUGCAAAACUUAACCAAAAAACAUGCUUUUGUCAAUCCACCUCCAAAAUACGUGGACUUCUGUCUGCGAAAAUGUCACCAUCUGUAUUGUUCUCUGCACCCCUCUGAAGGGUUUCAAAAAGUUAAGAGACCUGUUGUUUGAAUUAUCAGUAGAUAAGCUUCUAAUUUCUCCUGUAGAAAGUUGAAAUUCUUAAUUAAUACAGAAGUUUUCUGUUCAAAGUUUAUUCACCAUAAGCUUAAGCUGUUUAAACCAAAUAAUUACUUACUUUCAUAUUAACUUCUUUAAUCAUACUGCUGUCCUGAUUAAAAAAAAACAAAAGUGUUUUUUUUUUUCUCCUUAUGUCAGUAGUGAAGCAUGUCUAGAUACCUGUUUUGACUUGUAGCUCACAUUCACAUUUGCAAAAGACUUCCUCAGAUGUUGCAAAACUACAGAUGCGACUUUUAUUUUGUAAACUUACUGGCAUAGUAGACUGAAGCUUAGUCCUACUAGCCUGUUUUACGGGUAGGUUUUUUAAAAUAAUAGAUAACUUUUUGUCAAAAUUGACACUAUUGCUGCUGUUUGAAAUAGCUUUUACACAUAUAGAUUAUACACAAAGCAACUUCCAAUUUUUAAAUUUAAUAAACUACUAUAAGCUAGGACAAAUACGUGAAUGUGCCCUUUUUAAAAAGGGUCUGAUAUUGUGAAAAACUUGUUGAUCUUCUAAACUUAUUUAUGAAGGCAUUAGUAAUAUUUUACCAGAAGACUUCAUCUUCUUUUCCUUCAAGCUGAUUUAAAUUACUUAAAACCUAAUCAAUAAAGCAUCUCUUUUGUUUAUUAGUUAAAAAACAUGGAUUAAAAAUGCAAAUAUGAAAAAUAGCAAUAGUUAGCCUAGUAUAAAAGCUUAAUUGUGUUACAGAUGUCGAAUGCACCAUAUUUAAAUAGGCAACUAAGACAGCCUAUGGCAGGUUGUGGUUUUAUAUGCAGGCUGAAAUAAUGUAAAUUUAACUUGUGAAAAUGUGACUGGUUUUAUUUGAUUGUGAUUCUAUCACUUCCUUGCAUAAGCUGUGAUCGGACUUGGCUACUGUAUGAAAAAUGAAAAUGUUGCUUAUCAUACAAGGGUUCACUUGCAUCAUAGUUUAAGAUAUAGAGCAGUAAACAGAAGUAUUUGCUGGAUUAUUUUUCCUUAGGUGGAUGAGGUACAAAGAAGAGCCUCAGCCCUCCUUUCCUUCCUUCCAUAUGCUGGCUAGAAUUCUUAGUCUUCUGUUAGGAAGACAUGUGCUUGUUUAGACCCAUUUAUGUCUUAAAUGGCUUUGGUGUAACUGAUCUCAGUGUUCAGUAGCUUUCACUGUGGACCAUUAUUGACUCAAUCUCACUUGUGACAGUGAAGAGAAGGUGAGAGUGAGAUGCCCAGUUAAUUACUUCUGUACAGCCUGAGCUUGUUCAGCUUUCCCACAGCUAAGGCCAAAGGUGGUGCUUGGGAUCUCCCAGUCUAGUUUAAAGAGAGAAUAAGUAAGCACCUGGUGAAUAUCAGUUUCUUAUGUCAUUUUACAAUAAAAACAACUUCUAUGCAGACCAGCAAGUAUUCAAAAGUGCUUGCUUUGGGCACAUGUGCCAGUGCAUUUUCAUACAUGUUUAUAUAAUGUUAGCACUUAGUACAUCCUGUUUCUUUUGACUGUUUACACUCCAUUCAAAAAUGUGUUCUUAUUCUGGCUAUUUGCUAUUUGUUUAGUCUCAGCUGUGUGCAUGUGACUUGACGUUGUGCCCAGAGUGGUAGGAAAUCAUACUAUGCCCGUGUCUCACUGCUGGGAUAGAGCAUUGUUCUUUACGUUCUAGCCUUUUCCACAUAAAACUGUCAUACCAUUAUUAGGGAUGCUACUUAAAACAGUUGCAUGGUGUAGGUGGGUCCUACAGAAAUAUGUCUUUUCUAAAAAAUUUUAAUUAAAAAAAAAUCAUGGUAUCAUUCUAGCUCUGAAGAAGGGAAGUAAGACAAUGGAUUGUUUUAGCAUUGGUUUCCAAUGGUGGAUUUUUUGAGUGGCUGUUAUGAUUAAGGUAGUUGCCAGUGAAAUUAUGUACUUUCUCUUUUUCAUUCUGCUGAAAAGAGUGGAUGGUAGCAUAGAUGAUACCUUGUACUGUACCAACAGUCCUAACUUUCAUUCCUUGAAUGAAUGUUUUCUAAAUAAAUGGACACAGAAAUAAAAGGGUUGAAUAUUGUACAUAACUGGCUUUGAGUUUAACCUGUUUACCAGACUUUUACAGUUGGACUUAUAUAAGAGCUGUUUAUUCUGAUCUACAGAACACAUAAUGAAAAUAUCAGAGGUGGCUUAUUUGGAUGGUGAAUUAACAACAUAGGUGAAGCUGCAAGUUAAUCUUGUGAUUGUUUCAUGUCUUUUACCCCAUGGUCAUUAGAGUGGACAGAGAAUUCUAAUUGGCUUCAGAUGUGAGGAGAGAAGCUUUUUUCUUUAAUGGCUGGUGGUUGGAGAUCGGGCGUGGAGGCAAGACAGCACUGGAGUUCAUCUCUGAUACAGCUCAGUGCUGUAUACUCUUGGAUUAGCAGUAUAGAAUAAGGAGUCUGCAUCCCCCAAGGGCAGUGCAAUGAGGAGUGGCCAAGCAUUGUGUUGGACCUCCUCUGUUAUGCCACAGCAGUUGGCUGCUUCGUGGUCUCGGGGAUGCUGUUCCAGUUGCCGUUCCUCUGAUGGCAAAACUGCCUAUGUAGGCUACUGUCUCCCCCAUUAUGUCCAGCCCCUUCACAGAUCUGUUUACUGAAGUAAACUGGGGAAGUAGAGAGAAACAGAUGGCUGUGCUGGAGAAUUUGUAACUGAGAACAUACUUCCAUUUCUUGAUUUAAAUUGCAUUGAUAGUUUCAUUUCACUUGUUCUUCAGAUAACCAUACAGUUAAGACCACAGAUGGACCUUCAUGAUCUAAGCCCUAGGAGGAUGAGGGCAGGGAGGGGGGAGGAGAUUGCUUCUAACCAAGAAGAGCCUGGGGGAAUGGCUUCCUGUCAGGCUGUUCACACUGAGCCUUUUUACAGUGCUUUGUUGUAGAGACUUUGGCCCUUUCAUGCAAACAGUUAGAGAUCUGACUUUGCCAAAGUUUCAUUCAUAGUCUAUCUUCUGACCUGCUGUCCUCAAUGAUAAAACUGUGCUAUAUCCACUUCACUGUAAUGUAACUUGCUGAGACAAGACUGAAGUAACUGGGGAGUCAAAGAUUGCUUGACUUUUGUACCACACCGUCUGUAUUGCACCUCUUACAAUGAAGUGCUGCCACCUGCUAUGAGUGUCUUCCCACCCCACAAGCAGGUCAUGCCACUCUUGGGUCAUAUCAAGAAGAUGUUGAAGCCUUAUACUUCAUGGUUUUGAGAUGCCACACCAGCUCUUUCAGCUCUUCUGAGAGUGGUUCAGAUCCCAUUUCCUUCCAAGGCUCCCUCUGGAGCCAGUAAGUAGCAGCCACUUUGCUCUUUUCCGUGUUCCUAAUUUUUCUUUUCCUUCCUGAACCUUUCUCCUUUCUUAGUCCAUGUGGUCAAGAAAAAUGAAAAAUCAAAUGUUGAAACAGUCCCAAAACAAGAGAGCCACAGCAGCAAACCACCCCAUUUAUCCCUAGGCUAUUAAUGUUUGGGACCAAGGUCUAAAGUGUGAUAGAUGCCAACAAAAUAAAGGUAUCUUGAAGAGAUGUAUGUGAUUGAUGGUACUGGACAUGCAGAAAAGAUGCAAAUGGACUAAGAAGUUAAACUGUCUUGAAAAGGAAGAGAAUAAAACAGCUUUUCAGCAUAAUGUUAUAAGCAUUCAGCAUUUCUGCUCCACUGGGUGCAGAGCUUUAUUGCUUAUGAAAGAGGCUCCAUUGGCCCUCUGUGAAAGGCCUGAUCUUACUGAAGUCAGUAGCAGCAUUCCCACUGAAUUCUGUGUGAAAAGAAGCAAGCCAGAUGAAACACAAACAGUAAAUUAUGCUAAGUUCUGAAGAGCCCUGCUUCAGCCGAUAGAGCAAACAACCUGGGUUGUGUUAAACUUGCCUCCGGUGGCUUCAGUCUCCGUUACUAGAGGACUUGGAAACAUGAUCACGGUGUCUUGAGGUUCUAAGUCUUUCAGGUUUUUUAUGGUCUGCAGCUGAUAGAGCCUACUUUCAGAUAAUACUGGUUUCAACCUAGUUGUUCCUUAUUUGUAAUUCACAUUUCUUUUUUCUUCCCAAUGGGCCAGCAAUGCUCUGGCAUUUUUCCUGUUGCCCCACCAAAUUGUAUUAGCAUUUUCUGGUUGUGUGCCAAAUUUAAAUAAUUAUCUAAAUAAACUCUCUGAAAAUA